CUAGGCAGCCCAGUCUCUCCAGGCACCUAGGAAUCUGCAGAAGAGCUUUUCCCACAAAGAAGUCCAGGGGCCACAACCAAGUGCCCCAGAAUCAUGUCAGACCCCACAGUCACUGCCUUCCUGACCAAGGUUCUUUGCUCACAAGGUGGUCGACUGCCCAGGCAACUGCUGCCUGAAUUCUUGGAGCUUCCUACCCAGCAGAUAGAAGAGAUACUGCAGGAUGAACCCCAGAAGUUUACGAAGGUCGGGGAACUGAUCUUGGCCCAAAACCCAGUGAGGAUCUGUGCCAAAUAUUUCAAGAAUGAACCAGAGGAGGAGUGUGACAAGCUGCACCUAUGCCGACACUAUCUGCAGGGCAAAUGCUGGCCUGGCAAGAGGCCACAGUGCAAGCUCUCCCAUGAUGUUUUAUCAGAUCAUAACCGGUCGGUUUUAAAAGCCAAUGAGAUUAGUGGACUGAAUGAAGAGGAGCUAAAAGUUCUCCUGUUCCAGAACGACCACCAACUGCUGCCGGAGGUUUGUGUGAAGUAUCUGCAUGACACAUGUGAUCUCGGUAAGGAUUGUACACGGCUUCACAUUUGUGGUUUCUUCACACGAGGAGAAUGUAAUCAUCGCAUCUGUAAACGUUCUCACUACCUCCUGGAGUUCAGUUCGGUCUUAAUCAACCACAGUCGUAUGUCUGAGGUGUCUAUUCAGAACUUUCAGAUGCUAUGUACCAUGAAACACAAUGAACGCCUUCAGUCACUGAGGGUAGAGGGAAAAUAAGAAGCAUCUGCAGUACCAGGCCACUGCAAAGGUGAUAAAAUGUUGUAUUGUCAAGCAAAGCAUUGUGAUUUACAUCAUUUGUAUACCCGAUAGCAUUGUAUGGACAGUUUAGGGUUAACCACCCAGGUUCACUUUCCUACGCUGCCAGGAGAUGGUCCGAGGAAUCAUCUUUUUAGUUUAGUCAGUAGAGAGUAGUGAGUCUAGCUGUGCCACAGCAAGGGUCUACAUCAGUAAGCUCCUCAGAACUAGGCCGGAGCUCAGAGAACCUUCAUCCCUGAUACUUCUACAGCCAAGGAACAUACUUUAUCAUCAAAAGUACUCCAGAGAGAAAAUGAACAUCAGAAGGUCCAGAAUCUACAAUGCUGUGCAUGGAAGUCAGUCAUCAAGGUAUUGUGCACGUUUAUGGCCGAGACUUAACUGCUGUUAGAGGGAACAUUGCUAAUGCACCCUGCCACACUUUGAGACAGUUUUGGCCAGCCGUAUCUCAAACCUGUUCUCCUCAGUCUUAGAAUUUGCAGAAACAUUUAACAAGGACCUCACUGUAUGCCAAUAGAGGCUUUAGAGAGACAGAGAGGAGUACUACAACCCACAUCAUUGCUGCUGUCCAUACGUUGCUAUUGGGGAAGGAUUUCACUGUAUUAUGUGCCUUGGAACUGUACUUUGUUAUUCUCUAAUGUACUACUACUCCUAUUCCACACUAAAAUAAAGAGAGACUCAU